AUCGCAUAUAAGAAUUCUUAUUAGAUCUCAUAGUGCGAGGUAGCAUAGAAUCUUAUACGAGUACCUGCAUUGUUUACAUUCGCAUCCAACUGUCAUUGGAAGCAAAUCAGUGUACGAGUUCGAGUUUUUGCUUCUGCUCUUGUGUCGAGUUUUUCGAUUCUAAAAUCCCUAAUUUUCUGAAAUCAUACGCAAGAUGUUCACCGUGGCUCAAUUUUUUGAGAAGCAACAGCUACGUGUGCUUGCUGUUCCGGUGUCAUGGGUCCGAGAUGGAUGUUUGUUGUGGCCCAAACUUCCAUCGAACGAGAAGAUUGAAAAACUUCGGAACGGAGGAUGCGAGUUCCAUGGUGCAACGAAGAAAAUUCCGGUCAUUGUGAGCCGGAAAUAUAAAAGCCUGCACUCGGCAGAGGCUGCAGCCGAAGACCUACUAAAACAGGAAGUAUCGGAUAUUGAAACCAAGCGAAAAUUGCUGAAGCACCGUAAAUCUAAGCCCGAGGAAUCACGCCCUUUGAAAGACUACAACAAAAUUAUUAGUGAAAUCGCCUCAUCUAAAAAACCCGCACUCGAUUCUGACAUCGCGAUUCAGCAGCAAGAGCAUCCUGGAACUAUUGCAGCAUCAUCUCAGCUAGUUCAGCUGCCACCACAAGAUUAUUCUUCCGUUCCGACAUAUAUUCAGCCUCGAGAAUUGGGACACCAAACACAGCGACCGCCGAUUAAUUCGCUGCCUGUUAAAACUGAUCGGGCGCAGCUAGCGGCCAACUUUGUUGAAACGGUACAAGCUCUCGGAACACAGUCUGUGACCCAAAGCGAGGUGGGAUACCUACCCCAAGUUAUCUUCAAAAAGCCGGUCGAUCAAAGUAACCGCGCUAAAUCAUCUGACAUUGCUAGGCCACGUCAAAUCCAACGAAACGAAGAACCGUUUCAUAGAGAUGAAGCCGCCCAUGCUGUAUUGGAACUACCGGAUGGUGAGCAGCAAUUCCAGUCUGUAUAUGUGACUGAUGAUAACAUCGUCUACCUCAAUCCAACGCUAAACAAUCCAGAUUCCAUUGAAUCCUCAGAUUAAUGAAGAACAAUCAAGGACAACGAGCAUGUUCAAAUGCCAAAAUGUGAUCAUCCACUUGAAGAUAUUUCCAUGAGAACCACGGAACUUUAUAAUGUAAUCAUUUUGGAGGACCUUCUAAUCCAGAACAAGACAUUGCUUUGGUCGUGGCCAUAAUUAUUCCUUACAAUCUUAUUUUGGCUUUGAGCUUGUGUUUUUUUCAAACCGAAUACGGUGAACUAAUGCUUUUAAUAUGAAUUAAUUCUAAAUUUUCCACACCAUCUUCCCGCAACGCAUUUUUAAUAUUCUCCCACCUACAAAAUAUAUAUUAACUUUAAACAUGGAAGAAGUGUGCGUACAAGCUGUGAGACUAGUAAGAAAUGGAUGUGUAAACCACAUAGCUUUGCAAUAUAUGGAGCUUCUCAAAAGCCUAACAGACUUGUCGCUUUAUGGAAUAUAUAUUUUUGGUCGUCAUUAUUCCAUUCAAACCAAUUUUCUUCGCUGAAUUCCGAAUUUUUUUUGCUGAAUUUUGCCUUUCUGAUCGUUAGCAUCGAUUUGCUGAAUUUAAACAAUUCAGUUGCAUGGAUUUGGUGUGUGGAUUCAUAUGGUUUUGAUGAAUGUUUAAUUUUUGGUUCUAUGGCAUGGUUAUUGUAUCGUCAUUGUUCUGUCUUCAAGCUCGAGAAGUUCCACGUUUUUCAGAUGCCUAAAAUAGUGUAAAAGAAAUAAGUUUAUAGAAAGAAAGCGAUAAAUAUUUUAGAAUUGAUUUCCGAACUUGAUGAUGCCCAGCUGCAAAACAAAUAGUGAAAAGUUUUGACACUCCAAUAAACAAUUUCAAAGAACAGCUUGCUUGGAUCAUACUAUAAAAUCUGUGGGCAAAACAUGUCAAAGUCGAAUCACCCUCAUCAGUUUUAUAGCUAGCGUAAAAAGCUGGAUUGAUAUAAGCAUAGAAGUGAUCUAGGCUCAAAAGGUAUUCGAGGACAGGCCCGGUAAGAUAUUCAUGCAAUUUUAUAUUGCGGGGAAAAUUAAAAAUUUUGCGCAGCGAGUAAUCCCCGCACAGAGGAAGUCAACCACAGUAAGCAUUGCAGUUUUAAG